AUGAAACACUUUCUCGAAGUAUAUAAUUCCUCAACACAUUCUACAACAGGACAUACACCAAAUUCAAUGACACAACAACAAGAAGAAAAGUAUAUACAAAAGAAACGAAGCCAAACACAAAAUAUCAGAAAUUCAACACAAUUUACCCUCAUUCCUGCUACAAAAGUUCGUGUAGUUCUUGACGACAAGCCGUUGACAAAGAAACGUUUAAGGUUAAGUAGAAACUAUUAUAUCGUAGACUCUACGCAAGGUAAUGGAUAUCUUAUAAAAGCUGCCGACGACUCCAUUGCAUUUUACCCUCGACAUAUAUUAGUUGAAAGUAGUAAUGGCAAACUUGCUGAAACCAUUGACGAAGCAAAGCGAGGAGUGGUUAUUGAAAUACUUGGCUAUAACAUAAACGAUGACACUUAUAAAGUAAGAUAUGCAGGAGGCGUUGAAGAUGUUAUACCAUCUAAGAACUUGAGAGAGUCAAAGCCAACACAUCUGGGACCAUUAGAGCGGGAGUACUGGAAAGACAAAAAUAUGCCAGAAAGAAUAAGAAAAUUCUUCUAA